CCAUGGAUCGCAGUUGAUUUGUAGUGUUGUGCAUAUGGCGUACACAUUACCGCUUAUUCAAUUUCAAUUAAAAUUCUUUAAUAGUUACUUAAAUUUAUGAAACCUUUGAAUAAUUAAGUGUUUAUUGGAAGUACACGUUGUAAGAACAUGGUUGUGAAAAAGUGUUAUAGUGGUGAACUGUCCCAUACCAAAAAAUCGAUUUUUGGAUUAAGAAUGAGUAGCCAAAUAUUGUAUUUACUCUUUGCUCUUUCUUUUAUUGCAUCUGUAUCUGCUGCUGAGACGAAUUGUUCAGCUGUGAGAGAUGUUUUCAAUAGAAAAGGAUUUAAAAACCUGGACCUGCAAAAGGAGCCAAAUUCAGAUGCAGGAGGGCUUUGUCUAAACAGAGGUUGCUGUAGUAAAAAAGACUCCGACUAUUUUAUAGAAAAUGCCGAGACUCAACUACAGCAACUGUUGAAAAACGAACUGGAGAAACUCGCGUCCACCCUCGCCAGCAGAGCAAGGAGGGUCGAUGAUUUCUUCCGGAAGUUAUUAGACUCCUCGAGGCAUAGUUUUCAUAAUAUGUUCAAGCGGACCUACGGCAUGAUUUACGAACAGCACUCGUACAUCUUCAUUGAUUUCUUUGACCAACUAGAGAAGUAUUAUAACAAAGGGGAUACAAACUUCGAGCAAAUGAUGGACAAAUUCUUCACCAUACUAUACGAAAAGUUGUUCGCAGUGAUAAAUUCGCAGUACAAUCUCGAUGAGAGGUAUAUGAGAUGCGUUAACAGCAAUAUGCGUGACAUCCAACCCUUCGAAGACGUGCCACACAAGCUCUCCCUACAACUCAGGCGAGCGUUGGUCGCUACCAGGACAUUCCAUAAGUCACUGAGGGCUGGUGCCGAUGUCGUUAGGAAUAUGGUAAAGGUGGGUGUAAGCAACGAGUGCGUGACAGCCUGGGCCCGCCUGAGCUACUGCGGUACAUGCGGCGGGCUCCCGCACCCGGCCUGCAGUCGAUACUGCCACAACGUCAUCCGCGGCUGCCUACCAGUACAUGCUGACCUCAACGAGCAGUGGGACGCUUAUGUCGAUGCCGUAGACAAAGUGGGCGACCGCUUGCUCGGACCGUUCAACAUUGCUAUGGUCGUUGAACCGAUUGACAUCAAGAUCUCAGAAGCCAUCAUGAGUUUCCAAGAGCACAACCAGGAUAUCUCUAAGAAAAUAUUCACCAUUUGCGGACAACCAACCCUAGGCAGCGGAGACAGCAUCAGGCACAUCCAACCGCCAGCGCGAAGGCGCCGGUUUGUCAGAUCAAUACCAGAUUUCGACUGGAACCCGAAGACCAGUGAUGUAGAUGACUUCGAGAUAGAAGCGUCCUUUGAAAGCAUAAUCAAUGAGGAUCCGUCGCUACUCGGUUUGAAGACGCCGGAAGGCAUCAGGAAAGCGACGAAGAAGAUGGCCGAGCAGGCGAAGUCGAGGGAACGUUUCCUCCAGUACAUGAAGGGGAAUAUAAACUUGGACGAGUAUGAAGAGAAUGAAGAGAGGGAUAGGAAGAAACGGGAGGCGGAUCCAAAGUCAGCUGGAAGCAUGCCGCUCGAGUAUGACGAGUAUGACGAUAUAUAUUCAACGAAUGCAGUAUAUACUAAGAAGCCUGCUGCGAAGGUUGACGAAGGCACCGAGGCGGAGUGGGGCGCGCCCGCGCUGGAGAAGCUAGUGCGCGACACGCGGUCCCGGCUGCGCAGCUCGCGGCACUACUGGCUGCACCUGCCGGCCAUGCUGUGCACGCACCCCAGCAUCACCACCACGCCCUGCUUCAACGGCUCCCACGCCACCAGCUACACGAGGAGUCUAGCGGGCGAAGGCAGCGAGGCACUCGCGUCGAAUCCUGAGGUCCGUGGCGAGGUGUCUGCCAAAAGCGCUGAGCUCAUGAGGAGUCAACACUCCUCUCUCAAGUUCCUCACUGGGCAGCUCAAGGAUGCGUACAACGGGGUCGAGGUGCAGUGGGUAGGAGAAGAUAAACCACAAUCAGUAGAUCCAGACCGACAAGACCUGGAUAGCGGGUCAGGGUCGGGCUCCGGCGAUGAUGGCACCGAUGACACGGAGAUCAUUGAGGAUGAUGAUGAUUACCCAGAUGCCGGAUCAGGCGAGAGACCACCGGAAGAACCAACAGUCAUCGAUGAUAACGAGCGGCGCGUUCCAGUAUCAGAACCGCCCUUCAUCCCGAACGUCAUCGACGGGCCCGGCACCAAUAACGUGAACAUCCGGGGCCGGAACGAGGAGUCCCCGCCGAAACCGGACGGGGAACCGGACCGGACGCCUCCCGUCGACCCGGUGGCCGAUUCCGCCGACCGGCCGUCCCUCCAGAAGGCAUUGUUCACGUACGCUCUGCCGGUCGUCUGCGCGUGGUUCGGAACUAUAGUCACAGACUUGUUUUAAGCUACAGCCACAGACAAAUGUGUAUUGAAAUAGAUGUCGCAACUCCCGCAAUCUACUUUAAUUGAGCUUAACUGUAUACGAUGGACAGACAGACUUAUAUUGAAAUAGGUGUCGCAACUAUCGUAAUCUAUUUAAAUCAAACAAAGAGCGUAUUCCUUCUUAAAAGGCUGGCAAUGCAUUUGCAAUUCUUCUGAUGUUGCGGGUGCUCAUAGGCGGUGGUAAUCACUUAACAUCAGGUGAUCUGCGUUUGUUUAUCUCCUAUGCUAUAGAAAGCU